AUGGCUCCCAUCCAGUUCGGUGUUAUCAUGAUACCAUUCCAACUCUCGGACGUCGCAGGACCUGUUGAUGUCUUAUCCAGUUCCUCCAUUUCUUAUCUAAGGGAAUUCAACAAUCCUGACAUCGCUGACCGUGGUAUUGAUAUCGAAUUCCACUAUAUCGGCGAUGGAAUGGACCCUGUAACCCACCCCGCAGGUUUCCAAUCCCAGCCUACGACCACCCUGUCUGCUUGUCCUAAGCUUGACUAUCUCCUAAUUGGUGGGCCUUCACCGAAUUAUAUCACCAACAUCCCGCCAGCGAUAGCAAGCUUUGUGCGCGAACGUGCCAACGAAGUCAAGACUGUAUUCACCACUUGUACCGGUGGAAUUUUCGCAUCCGCGUUGGGUCUUCUAGAUGGUCUGAACGCCACGACAAACCACGAGGCCAUCGCGAUUGCAAAGCAAUUUGCCCCCAAUGUCAAGUGGACGGUCGAAAAGAAUUGGGUCGUUGACGGCAAAUUUUGGACCGCUGGUGGUGCUUGCGCUGGCAUGGACAUGAUGGCUCAUUGGGUCAUGGAGAAUUACGACAAGGACAUAGCAGAAGCCGGAUUUGCUGCUCUUGCUUACGAGCCGCGUGAUGUGAAUGGAAAGCAGGUUAUCUUAACCAAACAUGUUUCAAAGUGA